GUCGACGAGCUUCCGUUUCGUCACUUCCCCUUGUUUUGGCCACGGUAGCUAGUCUGGACUCCGGGGCAGUGCAGGGAGACAUGGAUAAAAUAGCUUUACCUCCACCUGGCCGUGAUGACUUGCCUCUCGCCUUGUUGGAGAUGGGCUGUUCAGGGAGGUUUGAGCUUCUCACUCGCCCGCUGCCUAGCCACAGUCCGCUACCUCCGCAGAGCACGCUCCCCCAUGGCCUUCCUCCCACGAGCUUAGACUUGAAGAUGGACGUAGAGAAACGUUUUCUGCAGGAUCCAGCGUGGAUGCCCAUACAUGACACAAACGAUGCAUUCCAGACGUUUCUGAAGUUGACCAAAAGAGAUAGACAUGUGGACUCGUUGCUGCACUGUUCUCUGUCCCCUCUGCACUCCAGCCUGUCUGUGGUGAGAGAUCCCACCACUGGCAUGCUGCUAGACUUCACUGAGGUGUUACUGGAACACACUGGGCUGUCAGCGAAGAACUCUCUAUCAUUGCACAGACAGCCAGGACCUCCAUCUGAAAGUCUGCGUGGCAGCAAUACAAACUACCCUUUCCUGCCAGGUGGUAUGGAAGAGCUGACAUUGGAGCAAAUACAGAAGAAGUCAGAGAUGGAGGAGGACCUUGACUUGGAACAUGAUUUACUAACAGUCCCUCCAGGACUGAAAGCUGGCAUGGACUUCAGUCACAAAGAAGCCAAAACCACGAAAGGCGAUGUGAAUCUGCUAUCGCUUCUGUCCACUUUUGAUGACAUAAUUGACGUCUUGCCGGAUGAAAAGCAGAAAGGCAUGGAAAGUGAAGCCUCAAAACCUCCCAGAACCAACAGCUUGGAGGAUCUGGGCAUUAAGGACACUCCAGCCCCCUCUGCCCCGCCCUCUGCCCCGCCCUCUGCCCUGCCCUCUACCCCGCUCUCUGCCCCGCCCUCUGACAGGGCAGACGGCGGGAUGAAAAAAGACAGAAAGGAGAAGGUAGAGAAGAAGUGGGCCAUGCCUGUGGACAUCAGCUCACCAUGUGACGAUUUCUACAAACGCGUGCCAGACCCUGCCUUUAAGUACCCGUUUGAGCUGGACGUGUUCCAGAAGCAGGCUAUCCUCAGGCUGGAGGCACAUGACUCUGUCUUCAUUGCUGCUCACACAUCAGCUGGCAAGACUGUGGUGGCUGAGUAUGCCAUCGCACUUUCCCAAAAACACAUGACCAGGACCAUCUAUACCUCUCCUAUCAAGGCCUUGUCCAAUCAGAAAUUCCGGGAUUUUAAGAAUACUUUUGGGGAUGUGGGACUUUUGACAGGAGAUGUGCAGCUUAGCCCGGAGGCGUCCUGUCUCAUCAUGACCACUGAAAUAUUGAGGUCCAUGCUGUAUAAUGGAUCGGAAGUGAUCCGGGACUUGGAAUGGGUCAUAUUUGACGAAGUUCAUUAUAUCAACGAUGCAGAGAGGGGUGUGGUUUGGGAGGAGGUGCUAAUCAUGCUGCCAGAACAUGUUAGCAUCAUUUUGCUCAGUGCGACAGUGCCCAAUGCUGUGGAGUUUAGCGAGUGGAUUGGGCGCAUUAAGAAGAGGCCCAUCUAUGUGAUCAGUACAGUGAAGAGGCCAGUGCCCCUAGAGCACUACCUGUACACGGGAAACAGCACCAAGACCCAGAAAGAGCUCUUCCUUCUCCUCGAUGCUACUGGAAGCUUCCUCACCACAGGGUACUACGCUGCCGUGGAGGCCAAAAAGGAGCGCACCAGUAAACACGCACAGUCGUUCGGCACAAAGAACCCCUCGCACAACACCACGCCCAGCCAGGACCGUGCCGUGUGGCAGACACUCCUCAACUACCUGUCCGUGCGGCAGCAGACUCCUGUUGUGGCCUUCACCUUCUCUCGCACACGCUGUGACGACAACGCCCGUGCCCUCACCAUGCUGGACCUGACCAGCUCGGUGGAGAAGAAUGAGGUCCACUCCUUCUUCCAGAAGAGCCUGAGCCGGCUGAGGGGUGGUGACCGACAGCUCCCGCAGAUUUUGCAAAUGAGAGACCUGCUGAAGAGAGGCAUCGCUGUGCAUCACAGCGGCAUCCUGCCAAUCCUGAAGGAGGUCAUUGAAAUGCUCUUCUCGAGAGGUCUUGUGAAGGUCCUGUUUGCCACAGAGACAUUUGCCAUGGGGGUUAACAUGCCAACCCGGACCGUGGUGUUCGACAGCAUCCGCAAGCACGAUGGCACCGGCUUCAGAAACCUCCUGCCUGGAGAGUACAUUCAGAUGGCAGGCCGAGCAGGCAGGAGAGGUCUAGAUGCCACAGGCACCGUCAUCAUCCUCUGCAAGGCUGGAGUGCACGACAUGGCAGACCUUCACGCCAUGAUGCUGGGGAAGCCGACUGUGCUGCAGUCUCAAUUCAGGCUCACCUACACCAUGAUCCUUAACCUCUUGCGUGUGGAGGCACUUCGCGUCACUGACAUGAUGCGCAGGAGCUUCUCGGAGAGCCACAGGGAUACACAGGCCCAUGAGAGGAGGAUCACGGAGUUGAGAGGUGUGCUCUCCUCUCUGCCUCCUCUGGACACAGAGGGUCAGUUAUCUGACCUGCUGUCAUAUUACCACACAGUUACAGAACUCCGCAUCACAACAGAGACUCUGCAACAAGCAGUCAUGGAGUCCAUGAGCGGUCUGAAGGCACUCUCUGUGGGCCGCGUGGUUGUCGUCAACAAUGCCCAACACCUUAAUGCACUGGCAGUCAUCUUGCAGGUGUCCAGUGACGCUGUGAAUCGGGUCUUCACCGUCCUCAUCAUGUGUGAGAAAGGGAAUGAGGAGACCAAAUGCGCUCCCGAGGCUGGCCGAGGAUACACACACCUCCACAGCAACCGCCUCUUCAUCCCCGAGGGUCCCUGUAGUCACACAGUGCAGAAGCUGAAGGCACAGGACAUCACCGCCAUCACAGUUAAAACGCUGAAGGUCAUUCCAGAGCGUAUCAUUGACAACUACAACAAGAGGCAGCAGCCCCGUUUCAGACUGGAUCCACCCGGGCAGGCCAUUUCCACCGCCACCCAGGAACUUCUGCGAUUGGCGGAGGCCAACCCGGACGGCGUAACGACCCUCGACCCAGUGAAUGACCUUCACCUGAAGGGAGUGGAUGUAGUGGAGGCUGUGAUGAGACAACGUGUGCUCCAGGACAGCCUCAAAGACUUCCAUUGCACCCACUCACCCACCUUCACGGAGCAGUUUGCACGUGUGCAGGAGAGAAUGGGUGUGCAAGAGGAGCUGGACAGGCUGCUGUUCCUGGUGUCUGAUCAGUCGCUCACCCUGCUACCCGAGUACCAUCAGAGAAUUAAGGUGCUGGAGGCCCUGAACUACAUCGACGGCAGCGGCGCUGUGCAGUUGAAGGGCCGCGUGGCCUGUCAGAUCAGCAGCCACGAGCUGCUGCUCACUGAGUUGCUGUUUGAGAACACCCUGAGCCCCAUGGCCCCGGAGGAGAGUGCAGCCCUGCUGUCCUGCCUCGUCUUCACCCAGAACACACAAGUAGAGCCACACGUCCCCAACACCAUACAGGAGGGCAUUGACCGGGUGCUGAUCGUGGCUCAGCGCAUCGGCGACCUGCAGCGUGACUGUGGGCUGCCACAGACAGCUGAAGACUUUGCGGCUCAGUUCAAGUUCGGCCUGACGGAGGUGGUUUACUGCUGGGCUAGAGGCAUGCCCUUUGCUGAGAUCGCCCAGCUUACGGACGUGCAGGAGGGCACGGUGGUGCGUUGUAUCCAGAGGCUGGAUGAGGUGCUGAAGCAAGUGAGACAAGCCGCCCGCAUCGUUGGAGACUCUGUGUUGGGCAGUAAGAUGGAGAAGGCCUCCCUGGCCAUACGCAGGGACAUCGUGUUCACAGCGUCUCUCUACACACACUGAGACAGUGAAGACUGCAGCAGAACUUCCUGUGUGUGUGCGUGCGUGCAAGAGAAGUUAUUGACAAGGAAAUCAUGCACUUGAAGAUUCAAUCUGGACAAAUAGAGAUGAUUCCAUAAUCAGUUGAGAUAUAUAUAUUAAUUGCCAAGUGAAAUGGAAGUCCAUAGAAUAUUCAGAUCAGACAGAGCAAUGAUGGUGCCACACUAAGAAACACCAUGGUUACAAUCACCUAAACAAACAAACUAAUAAAUAAAGGUUACCAAGAGAUCGUGCGCUUAUUCUGUUAGCUUUAAAGUCACAAAUGUGUACAUGGAAUCACAGGGCAUGUCGACGCGCCUGAGAGUGGCUGGGUGUUUUGCUUUAUUUAAAAAAAUAAAUUAAUAAAUGCCUUCAGUUAGAUCAGCAAAUGCAUUGGCAAUUAAGGAUGAACACCAGUAAUGGACUGAUGUAAAGUAAUAAACUGCUGUUUCCGGAAAAGUGUUGUCUGUUUUUGUGCACAUCAGUGCCACUAAUUAAAUAAAGAAAGAAAAAUU